AACCACCAAAGAUUCCAAAAUUUGAAGCCACUACGUUCCGUAAAUAUUUCGAGAAAUCACAAAACCAAUUGGUCCCCAUGGCCAUGGCCCAUCCCCUUUCGAAUCGAUUACUAAACGUAAUCUCUUUCUGUUUUUGGGCUAUCGAAACUCCUGAAAGAAAGCAACACGAAGCAGCCCUUCCUAUCCUCGUUCUUCGAUCUUCUCUGCCCUGUUUCUGCAGACCUGCAACCACGGAGACCAAAGAACCCAAACCAAAGCAAAGUACAGUGUCGCUGUCCCGGUUGGGUGCAGCAUAAUGCUCUCUUUUAUCUCUCUGUGAAUUGGUUUGGAUUGACAUUUCGGGAGCUAUUACUGCAAUUUGUUAUGGGAUUUCCAUUUUAUGGAUUCCAUGAAGAACCAUUCCAGCAUUUCUUCCAUUUCUUAGAUUCUCGAAGAGUAUAGAAGAAGAAAUUAGGGAGAGCUACUGAGAUGGGUAGCGGCAAGCAUAGGUGGAAGAUCUCCUUCUACCGUUCUUCGCCCACUGCGUUGAAACCAGAAACGAAACAGCCCCCUAAAGAAUUUGUCUGUCCGAUUUCGGGGUCAUUAAUGGCGGAUCCAGUGAUUGUUGCUUCGGGUCAUACUCUCGAGCGCAUCUGCGUUCAGGUUUGUACAGACUUGGGUUUUACACCUAUACUCACCAGCGGCUCGAAACCCAAUUUCUCUACUGUGAUCUCAAAUGUCGCCAUUAAAUUGACCAUUCUCAACUGGUGUCACGCCAAUGGCGUCGAACGGCCCACACCUCCGGAGCUCAGCUCGGUGGAGAAGCUUGUCCGUUCACUAAUACCGCCCCAGGAAGAGAAAUCACCCAUCAAAGGCAAGACAGGGCAAGAAGAAGAGAAGGAACAGGAUGAGGUGCUUAAAGGAGUAGCGGAGAAGCCUCCGGUGAAAUUUUCUUACGCAGCGACGGAGCUAAAUGGGAGGCCGUCUCACUUGUACACCAGUUCCGAGGAAUCGGUGAAUACGGGGAUUCCCAGCACGCCUCUACCGUUCGCGACGCGACCCUCUUGUUACUCAUCUUCUUCAUCGUCUCUCGAUAAUGUUGCAGACGAAACUCUGAACCUAAUGUCGCCGGAAGAGGAGGAGAUCUUUUUCAAGAUCAAGAGCUUACAAGUAUUCGAGCAAGAGGAGGCCGUGAUCUCACUGAGAAAGAUCACCCGAACCAACCCAGAAAUGAGGGUUUCGCUCUGUAACCCUCGAUUGCUUUCGGGGCUAAAAUCUCUCAUGACCACACGCUACUCCUCCAUCCAAAUAAACGCAAUGGCAUCGCUGGUGAAUCUGUCGUUAGAGAAGAUCAACAAGGUAAAGAUCGUAAGGGCGGGGAUCGUUCCACCGCUAAUCGAUGUGUUGAAGGGAGGAUUCUCUGAAGCACAGGAACACGCGGCGGGUGCCCUCUUCAGCCUUGCGCUUGACGAUGAUAACAAGAUGGCGAUAGGCGUAUUAGGUGCGUUGCCACCGCUGCUACACAUGCUCCGGUCGGAAAGCGAACGGGCUCGGCACGACUCGGCGCUCGCUCUGUACCACCUCUCGCUGGUUCAAAGCAAUCGCUCCAAGCUUGUGAAGCUUGGUUCUGUGCCGACCCUGCUAGCAAUGGCGAAGGGAGGGGACCUGGCAAGUAGGUCUCUGCUAAUACUUUGCAACUUAGCGAUUUGUGCGGAAGGGCGCACUGCAUUACUAGACGCGACUGCGGUGGAAUGCUUCGUGGAGAUGUUGAGGAAGAACGAGUUGAACUCGGAAUCAACUCGGGAGAACUGCGUUGCGGCGUUGUAUGCGUUGAGUCAAGGGAGUCUGAGGUUUAAAGGGCUGGCGAAGGAGGCGGGAGCGGCGGAGGUGUUGAGAGAUGUGGAAGUGAGAGGGAGCGAACGAGCCAAGGAGAAGGCUAAGAGGAUACUACAGACGAUGAGAGGGAGUGAGAGAGACGAAGAAGACGAGGAAGAGGAGGUGGACUGGGAGGGGAUGUUGGACUCGGAGACGCUGAGUCGGACUCGUCUCCGAUUCAUCGGUUGUUAACUCGUCAGAGUUGAGGUUGUCAGCUUGAUAGUUUGAUUCCUAUAUGGAAUGGUUUUUGCAGUCUGGGGGGUUUCUUUUGUGUUUUCCCCAUCUGCCCCUUCUCCCUUCCAAAUUCCCACUUGUGUCUGAUAUGUAAAUAAAUUAUUUUUCUGUUUUUUCGGGGCCAA